AUGGUUACUAUUCUCGAUGGCUCAAUUGGAAAAAUACAAGCUUUAUAUGACUUUUUAACUGAACUACAAGUCCAUUCACUUCUUUAUGAAACUGAUGUUGAAGCUAAUCGUAAUAAAAGAAUGAAGAUUUUCUCUGAGAAUGAUCGUCCAUACACUUCACCAUCGCCUCAGCACACAGCCACAAUACAGUUUCCUAUUUCCAUUCCUAAUGCAGACCCAGCAGCUGUGAUGGAGCUAGUCAAAGAUGUUAGUCAAUUUCAUGAUCAGCAUUUAGAUAUAGAAUGGAACUAUGUUAGAAUGGAUGAAUCGAUCUUCGCUUCAAUGAAAGUGUUUACUUUAGGAGAAAAGCAUGUUAUUGUUGAAAAUGAAUAUAUGUGCCCAAGUAACCAUUUUCAAGAUGAUGAUACAGAAGUUAUCGAAAAUAAUGUACAACUAUUUAUUGCCAUUGCUUAUGCUGCGCAUACUAAACUUAUUUAUGCCUACAAUAUUAGACUUGUUAGCAAUACCAGUAGUUUUAAUUUACAAUUAGAUUUAAAGUAUGGAAAUACAGCUAACAGAUCAACAAAAUUAUUAACUUCACUUUCGCAUAAAGUUGCUAUAAAAGAAGAUAACAAAGUAGAAGCCCAAUACAAUAAGAAUGAUUCGUUAAAGCCUUUAUCUUAUGCGUCUUCUUCAUCAUCAUCGUCAUCUAUAAAUACUACUACUUUGAAUGUUAAAAAACGUCAUUUAGUUACAAAUAACAACACUACUAUCAACCUAACUAUACCACCUUUACCUUGUGAUUCUACAAUUGAAGAUUUUUAUAACUAUUUACAACCUUCUGUGUCUAAUAUAUACCUUGAACCUUAUACUUCUCACAAAGUUACUGCAAGAUUAACUCCUUUCCAAACACAAAAUGUACAAUGGAUGAUUUAUCGUGAAGGACAAAUUAUUAAUAAUGAUAAUGCUAUUAUACCUAAUUUAGACAUUUAUAAUAACUUACCUCUUCUUUAUGCUGGCUCUCAUGAUGCCAAGGACUCUAAUCGUGGUAGCUAUCUAAAUCUAUUUACAGACGUUGUAAGCGUAGAUAGGCUAGCGAUAAAUAAGCUUAUCGAUCGUUCAUAUCGUGGUGGCAUCCUUGCCGAUGAAAUGGGCCUUGGAAAAACUAUCAGUGUAUUGAGUUUGAUUGCAAAACAUAUAUGGGAUCCUAAAAAUGAGUUUCAUCCCAAGCCGAGUGAAUGUCAUGAUUUAGUUUUUUCAAAAGGUACAUUAAUUAUUGCUCCUUCAUCCAUUAUUCCUCAAUGGCAGUUGGAAAUUAAGAAACAUACACCAAGUUUAUCUGUUUUUAUUUAUGAGGGACGUCGUAAUGAUAGAUCUAUUUUGGCAAAAGAUCUUGCUCAAUAUGAUAUUGUACUGACUCAUUAUGAGGCUUUUAGACAUGAGAUAUAUUAUGCGACUCCUCGUCCAAAAAGACCUCAACGAAAGGGUGUAAGAUAUAAUAAUGAGUUCAAGACAAGCCCUUUAGUAAAUACGCUUUGGUUUCGUUGCAUUCUUGAUGAGGCACAAAUGAUAGAAGCUUCUUUAACAAGAAUUGCUGCUCUAACGAAAUCAAUUCCACAUUGGUAUGCAUGGGCAGUAACAGGCACACCUAUUCGCAGCAACAACAACCACAACUUUACUGACCUCUAUGGUCUUUAUGAUUUUUUAGCCCUCGAAACUACACUUAAUAGUGAACGUGAAUUUAAAACCUUUUGUACUGAUCCCAAUUACAGGCCCAUCUUUUAUCAAUUUGCAAGUAUGACAAUUCGACGUAAUAAUAAGGCAGCUCUAGGAGACCAAAUUCAUAUUCCAAAACAAUCACGGCAUGUGGUGCGUAUCCCGUUUUCAACAAUUGAACAACAUUAUUAUGAUGACCUUUGGCGAACAUGUCGUCAAAGGCUUCGUUUAGACUGGCUGGACAGUAUCGAAUGGUCAUUACCUGAUGAUGCCUCUGAAAUAAUGCAAAUGGAAUAUCAUAGCUUACGAUCCAAGAUGAGACCUUGGUUGCUUGCAUUGCGUCAAAACUGUAUCCAUCCAUCCAUGAUUAAUAACAGGACAAUGAGAUUAGAGAACCUAGGUGAAACCAAUAGUACGAGAGGAGCAAAACCUUUACAUGAUGUUCUUAACGAUAUGUUACGAAAUGCAAUGAUUACACUGGAUAAUAACCAACAUGCAUACUACUCCAUGACACUCAAGCAUGGUGGCAUGUAUGAAGUCUUACAGGACUGGCGAUCAUCUUACAAUGUGUAUUUACAACACCUACAAAGCGUAGAAGAUUUAGUUCAACAUCAUGCAGACGAGGUGAAGAAGGCACAAGACUUGAAAAAGCAAAAGGCAAUAACUGAGGGAACAAAUGAAAUAUCUACUAUAUUAAAAUAUAGUUCAAAUACACUGAUGAGAUGGCAUUUACUUUUACAUCAAUAUUAUUUCUAUAUUGCAGGUAUAUGCCAUCGUCUUGUAACCGAGGCCUCUGAAGACGGCCAGAAGGAGGAACAAGAAAGUCUGGAAAACUUGUAUUAUACCAAAGCCACAAAUAUUCGUCGUGUUUUAUUAGAAAACUAUACAAGUAAAGUCAAACAACAUGUAAAGGAAGUAAGUGAGGCAGCGAGAGCUAUCCAAUCUGACAAUCACAAUUCAGAAUUUUUGAUGGGAUCACGACCUCUACUUGACGUAAAUACUUUUAUUGAAUUCUUCAAAAAUUAUUAUAAACAACAACUGCAUCCAGCUGCUGACGAAGAACAACAAGAGGCAGAUCGGGAAGAGGUAGCACCUGAUAUUAACAUUCUAUAUAACCUUAAAUAUCUUGGGCCUCUCCUGGAUCGACAAUAUCAAAAGAUUCUCUAUUUAAGGUCUAAGAUUAUACCCAUCUUGACAAAACCACUUGUCGAUGAGCAACAACAAGAGGAAGCAACAGGUAACGAAUAUGAGGAAUCAUUACGUCAACAGGAAUUAUGUCAAGUCUAUUUAUCUGCUUAUCAACACUUGCUUCAAGAUAGAAAAUUUAUCAUAAAGGGAACUACUAUGUCCGUAGCUGAAAUUAUUGCAGCCGAAGGAUCGUGGAGUAUAGAUGAAAACAUGAAUGGGGAUGCAGUUAUUAGCCCUGAAGCAAAACAAAUAGAGAUAACUGAAAAUGCAUUUAGAAAGGAGCUAAUGUCACCUACUGGAUAUAAAGUUGAAUGUUUAAGAGAUGUUGAAUUCUCAUUAAGAGCUCUAAAGACCAAGUAUUCUGAUGCAACUGACGCUGCCAGCAAUAAACAAUUGGUACUACAAAGGGAGCAUGAGUAUAUAAAGUUCUGUUUACCUAUACAGGCUAAGCUUGUUGAUGAUAUAGAUAACGACUUUAAAAAGCUAUCUCAGUUAUUCAAUAGUCGAAUCUCUUAUUACAAAUAUCUUCAAGGCAUCUCUGAUACCUUGCUCGAAUGGGAACAUAAAAAUCCAAUGGCGGAAAUUGAUAAAUUAAAGAUGGCAGAAGCUAAACUUGAGGAGCAGAUUGUACAAAAUAAAUCACGAUAUCACUAUUUUAAAGUGUUGAUGGAAGAACAAAUUUCAUUAGAGAAAGAAGAAAAGCUAGUGAAGAAGGAUUGUUUAAUUUGUCAAGAGCCUAUUGAAAAGGGCAUCAUUACUUAUUGUGGUCAUACCUCAUGUUUAGAUUGUGGCUUAUUAUGGUUUAAAGUGAAUCGACGAUGCCAUACAUGUAAUUCUAAAGUAGGCAUGAAUCAGUGGUAUAAUAUAUCAUACAAGCAAAUGGAGAUGCAUAAAAAGGGAGAAUCUUGCAGUACUCUGUUAGACAGCAAUGAAGAUGAUGAAAGAUUAAAGCAACUUAUUAACGAAAUCAAUAAGCAACAGAUUGUAGAAGGAGAAGGACAAAAGAUUGAUAGUAUUAUUCGUCACAUUAAGCACAUCAAAAUGACCAAGAAUGGAAAGUGUGUUAUCUUUUCUCAAUGGGCAAAAGCACUUGAUAUGCUUAAAGAGGGACUUAAAAAGAACAAUAUUAAUUUUAUAAUGGUCCAGAGUGGGGCGCCCUCUGCAAAUAAGAAGAACAUUAGUAAAUUUCAAGAAGAUCCUAACGUGAAUGUUAUUUUACUACAUGCACGAAGUCAGUCUAGUGGAUUAACAUUAGUAGUAGCUCAAACAGUAUUUAUUGUUGAGCCUGUCUUAAAUGAAUCCUUAGAGAAACAAGCUAUUAACCGUAUUCAUCGUAUAGGCCAAACCAAAGAGACGGAUGUUUUUUGGUAUAUUAUUCAAGAUACGAUUGAAGAAAGAAUUCAAGCUAUCCAUGAUGUCAAACGAGAACAUCAUAGAAAUGAUAAAAAAAGAGUGACAGAGGAAAGAGUAGAGCUUUCUAAAGUCUCAGAAGGAGGAGGCGAAUAUGUAAAUAAUGAUGACCUUCGUCGUUGUUUCACUAGUGAUGAAGCUUAUGCAUUAAGUUGA